AUGGCCAUCUCGAAGAGAAGAAAAAAGAGAAACUCUGCCACUUUUCGGAAUUUGAAACCAAAACACACUCGUCACCGAAAACUUCACCGCAAGACUAUUGUCAAAGCUACAAUGGCACCUCCACCAAUGGGAACCAACAUCACCCUGACGGGUCUGCAAGAGUACAUUACCUCUUUACGCCCUGUCCAUACUCAGACACCCAAUACACACUCUAGUCUCAGGAUGAGGCCCGACUCCCCGACUUUGGCUCACUUGCCCAGGACUAUACCUACAACCCCAGAUGCAGGAUCGCUGGCGCCAUUUGAGUCUAGAAGCAAAAAGCUGGAAAAGUGGUGGGCAUUUGCGUCUGAGUCUCGCCAGGCAAACACGAACUACAAGCCUCUUCCUUCUGCACACAAACGUAGCACUAUGAGCCUGCCACCAACACCGUCGACUCCCAUCAGCAGAGUUCCUAGAGCUAUGAACACUAUGCCCAGAUACGACAAGACCGCAAAGGGUCGCAAGGGCCUCCCUCAAACCGCUAAGAAGUCAGCGAACGAAAGCCCAAUUCCACAUUUCGCCCGUGGAGCAGGCACGAAAAGGAGAUCCGACGCUCGAAAAGACUCAGGACACAGUGCAUCACAGAAGUCAACCAGUGGCGAAACUGACAGGCGAAAGAGAUCGAUACCGCAUCUUCAGCAAAAAAAGACGUUCAAUCUAUGUGUGUAUUGCCAAACAGCGGCGUGUCUUGUUUCGCAAACUCCCUCCGGUCUCGCACGAACUGCCACUCAGGAACAGGGAACAAAUAUGGAUAUACCUUCUACUCACUGGAAUGCGUAUGAUGAGGAUGAAAGACUUGAUAUUUACACUGGGCAUAAUGCCCUUGUGGAUGAUGGUCUCAGGCAGCAAUACAGUGAAGCAGACCUGUUCUACGGCAGUGCAGAAGAUGAGGACGAUAAUAGCAAUUGA